ACCAACUUCCAAAAUCUCACGUCCUUUGUUCCAUUUCUGGUUGUGUUGCAUCACACUUCUUCACUUCCAAAACCGUCUUCCCUUCUCUCCAUUCUCCAACACCUCCCCCCACUGAAAAUGAGGAACAGAAAUUAACAACAAUAACCAUCUCAGGUGAUUGCUAUAAGCUACACUACUGCUUUCCCCUCUUAGGUCCUUCCCUAAAAACAUUUUCACAACCAUUUCCCACAUUCUUUCUAAGGAAAAAUUAACACAGCAAAAGAAGAAACCAUGCAUAACCUUUCCUUUAACAUUAAAGGCAAGCCUAGCUAGUAUAUCAUAUGCUACACUACACUCCUCAACAUUUAGCAUUUCCUCCAGUUUUCACUUUGUACCUAGUUUCCACUUAAACUAAGCAAAAACACAAAUAACCUUACAUAUAUAUGGAAGGUUUUCACCCUUCUAUGUCCUCUCCUUUUUCGUACACAUUCCCUAUCAGUGGUGCUGGUACUAGCAAUUACAGCACUUCCACUCCAUGGAUGAACAGCAGAAUAUGGAGCAAGCUCCCUCAGAGGCUUCUUGACCGUGUCAUAGCCUUUCUUCCUCCACCAGCAUUCUUUCGUGCACGUUGUGUUUGCAAGAGAUGGUAUGCACUUCUCUUCUCCAACACCUUCCUCGAAUUGUACCUUCAAGUCUCACCACACCAGCACUGGUUCUUGUUCUUCAAGCACCACAAGACCCGCAAGAGCUACAUCUACAAGAACAACAACAAUGGAACAAGUGGUGGUUGUGGACAUCACGGUGGUGCGUUUGAAGGGUACCUCUUUGACCCCUAUGAGAUGGCAUGGUACCGCAUUUCCUUUGCUUUGGUCCCUUCUGGCUUCUCUCCAGCUUCAUCUUCUGCCGGUUUACUUUGCUGGGUUUCUGAUGAGGCUGGUCCAAAGACCAUGCUUCUGAGCAACCCUUUGAUCGGUUCUCUCACUCAGCUACCUCCAACAUUAAGACCUAGACUCUUCCCUUCCAUUGGCUUAACCAUUAGCCCCACCUGCAUAGAUGUCACUGUUGCUGGUGAUGACAUGAUAUCCCCUUAUGCAGUGAAGAACUUGACAUCUGAAAGCUUUCACAUCGAUGGAGGAGGUUUUUUCUCCUUGUGGGGCACCACCUCUUCUCUUCCAAGGCUCUGCAGCCUCGAAUCUGGAAGAAUGGUUUAUGCUGAAGGAAAAUUCUACUGCAUGAAUUGUAGCCCUUUCAGUGUUUUGGCUUAUGACAUCACCUCAAACACUUGGUUCAAAAUACAAGCCCCAAUGAGGAGGUUUCUAAGGUCUCCAAACCUAGUUGAGUGCAAGGGGAAGCUUCUUCUUGUUGCUGCUGUGGAGAAGAGCAAGCUCAACGUGCCAAAGAGUUUGAGGGUGUGGAGUUUGCAGGCGUGUGGGACAAUGUGGGUGGAGUCAGAGAGAAUGCCGCAGCAGCUUUAUGUUCAGUUUGCUGAAUUGGAAGAUGGGAACGGGUUUGAAUGUGUAGGGCAUGGUGAGUUUAUUGUCAUCAUGAUCCGUGGAACGGACAAGGCCUUGCUGUUUGAUAUAUGCAGGAAGAGGUGGCAGUGGAUUCCACCUUGUCCUUACAUUGCACAUGAUGGAUUUGAGUUGCAUGGUUUUGCAUAUGAGCCUAGGCUUGCCACCCCUGUCACUGGCCUCCUUGAUCAAUUGGCACUGCCCUUCCAGAGUUUCAAUGCUUAGAUUAGAUGAGAAAAUUAAGUUUGUCAUAUUUAUGUGAUGAUUUGAGGAUGGUAUGGAUUAAUUAAUGCAUGUCGCACCCUAGCUAGGAGUAUGAAAAGUGCAGUCCCAGUAGUGAUUUGGUUUGUAGACUUUUUAGUAUUUUUAA